AUGGUGUUUGGCCCUUUACCUCUCCUACAAAGACAGCCAGAGCUGCAGUGGAUGGGUUGGAGGGGACGGUUUGUGCAAACUCUGGUUUGUGCAAACUCUGGCGACGGCAGCUCCCUCUUCUCACCUUGUCUCGAGGAAUGCAGACCUUGUCUUGUUCUUCCUUCCAGGUUUUGUUUGGCUGGCUUCUCCCUGACUCUCUUCAUUGUGACCGUGUGCCUCGGCCAAGGCAGCGAAAAGGUCCCCCAGCGGCAGUCUCGGCAGGUCUCCCAAGACGACGGACCAGGGAGCAGAACGCUCGGGGUGUGGAGCGUCUGGGGCUCGUGGUCAGCCUGCUCUCAGCCCUGUGGCGUCGGGGUCUUGGAAAGGACUCGAACAUGCCAGUCUCCUUACCAACAAGUCCCCUGGGCCGGGAGGAUGGAGCCGGUACCCCAUCCCGCCUACCCCCCACGACAGUCGCUGUACCAAGAGGAGCGGGCCGCCAGCCCGUACCUGACCAGACCAGCCUACCCGCUUCACACCGACAGGAACGCCAGGCCUGCCCUCUCUUUCCACGGCAGCGGUUCCGUGCUCCCUCUCCACAGCCAGCCUCAACCACCGGUUGCCCCCUACAGUCCUCAGAAUCGGUACACGCGGCACGAGGCCUUCCCACCCGAGGAGGUGCCCUCAGCCCAAUUGCGGGACACUGCCGUCAGCCUCAGGCAGGACUCUGUCCCCUUCCGUGAAGCGAUUCGGCACCCAAGACCUCAGGGAAACCAGCUGGGCCGGAGAAAACCGCCCAGCCGUGCCUCCUCUCAGAGACCGCCACACUGGGAUGUCCCCGGUGCAGACAGGACGCCCUCGAGACAAGGUGCCUCGGCUCGGUCUCCUCUCUGGGAGUCUGUCCCUUUGUUCAAGCCUCUGAGGCAGGAUAGCCUCGAGGAAGGCCUCGGCCCUGACAAGGCCCGUCACGGCAGCCAAGUAGACGGCAGCCGAUACCGCUGGGCAGCAUCCCCAACGCAGGAGUCCCCGGACUCUAGGAGGUCUCGAGUUCGAGAGUCUAUCAAGCCUGGCAAAUACGGCUACGGGAAGCUGCCGUUUGCUUUGCCCCUUCACACAGAUGCAGCAGGGGCAGUGGCGGAGGGAUCUGCUCCUCGUUUUAAGAGGCACCACCGGGGUCGAAUGGGUGAACCUCCGCCCCCUCCGCCCCCGCCCCCUCUUCCCCGGGCCAAGAAGGAGAAACGCAAAUCCCGCCGCUCGUCUUCCGGUGAGGAGCUGGGCAGUUGGGAGGAGGAACUGCUGACGUCUGGACCCGACCGUUCCGUCCGCGAACCAAAGAAGCUUCCGGAAGCAGAAGGCCCUUCUGAGGUCAAGGGUCAGGCUGGUGCGCCGGCGAGAAACAGUUCGGGGCCUGGAACGCGACUUAGACGCUUGGAUGAGAGCGGGUACGCCCCGCCCCGAGGAGCUCUGAGGGAAGAGUCUCACCCCACGGAGCCAGGCGUGGCCGGGGCACCGAAAAGCGGACUCACCGAGGAAGGGAAGCCCCAGGAACAAGACCUGGAGUCAACAGGGACUCCUUCAGAGUCUCACGAUGGCUCUCAGCGCCCUGGCCUUCCCGCGGAGCUUCAGCAGCCGCAUUCCACCGUUGUCUCGGGAAGCGAUGUUGCCCGUAUUGUAUCCCAAGCGGACCCGCUCUCUGGGAAGUCAGCGGAGAGUUCAGCCCCUGCUGGAAAAGAAACAGAAGACCCCGGCCUUUUGGCGGGAAAUGUUGGGCCUCCCCUCUCUCCCGAUGGGCGUCACCCCGUUCCAGCACGAGGGGGACGGCACCCGAGGAACGACAGCGCCACUCCAGAGCGGAGGGGCCUCGGGACGGGGAAGAGCCACACAGUCACGCCAGAGCUGCCUCGCCGUCCUGACAGCGGCUCCGUGGACCCACAGGCCAGGGUGGGGAACGCCAACCGCCGGCCCCACGGACAAGCCCAGUCACGGAACCAGCGGCAGAACGAGCAACGGGCAGGCGGGCGCGGAUCUGGGCCGCCCCGCAGCCUCUAUGUGGACCGGCCCAUGGCGCCUCGCCCAGUCGAGCCAGAUGUUUGGUUCCUGCACCGUGGGGGCCCCGUUCAGUUCCACGCCGGGGGCCAAGGACCACGGGACAGCCCCCAGCCAGGAGCUGAAGGACCGCAGUGGAAUCUGUACGCCCCGGGCACGGAAACCUUCCACUGCGAGGGAGAGAGCAAGCAGUUCAAGGCCUGCCAGCAAGAGCCGUGCCCGCCCGAUCGCCCAGACCCCCGCGCCGUUCAGUGUGCUGCUUACAACAACCAGGAGUUCAUGGGUCGCUUCUACCAGUGGGAGCCCUUCAGGGACGUGCAGGGCGCCCAGCGCUGUGAGCUAAACUGCCAUCCCAUCGGGUACCGUUUCUACGUGCGGCAUACGGAAAAGGUGCAGGACGGCACGCCGUGCGAAGUCGGCUCCCCGGACAUCUGCGUUGCUGGGCAGUGCCUCGUGCCCGGCUGCGAUGGAAUCCUGGAUUCGAACCGCACUCUGGACAGCUGCGGGGUGUGCGGUGGCGACCACACCACUUGCAAGCUGGUGGUUGGCAACUUCAGCGACACGGACGUGCCCAUCGGGUACCACCGCAUCUUGGAGAUCCCCGCGGGAGCCACCCGGAUCCUAGUCAAGGAGAUGUCCCGCAGCCCCAACUAUCUGGCCCUUCGGAGCCGUAGUGGCAAAUCCAUCAUCAACGGAAACUGGGCCGUGAACCCCCCCGGGCUCUACGAGGCAGCCGGCACCGUCUUUGUGUACAGCCGGCCUGAGAGCGACAGGCAGGAGGGAGAGUCACUGACGGCCGAGGGACCGACCACAGAACCCAUAGAUGUGUAUAUGAUCUUCCAGCAAGACAACCCCGGUGUCUCCUACCAGUUCUUCGUAGCCUUGGGCCGGCCAGAUAACUCUGCUGCCGACAUCCACAGCCCUCAUCAGGGAUUUGGUGCCCUGGCUGCGGCCUCUGCUGGCCAAGCGAUGGAGCCAUCUGCCCCCCACGUGCACCUGCAGACGCAGAACCUUGCUCCAGCUCGGCCCCCUGUCCCAUCCAGCCACCAAUCCGGAAGGAGCCACGCCGUAGUUCCACCUCCGGUCUCCUCCAGCCAAUCCGGGAGGAGCCCUGGAACGCUGCAGAGGAACGUGCGCGUCCCACCGAUGCCUCCACCACCUCCUCCCCCCCAGCACAGCUCAGAGUUGGCGCGCGACUUCUACUGGAAGCGAGUCGGCAACACCGAAUGCUCGGCCACCUGCGGAAAGGGUUCUUGGCAGUCCGUCUACCGCUGCACCUCCCGUGCUCUGCAAGAAGAGGUGGUGGAGGAGAUGUGCCUCCUCCUUCCCAAGCCUUCUGUGUCUGAGGAGGCCUGCAACACGGAUCCCUGUCCAGCCUACUGGGACGUGGGCGAGUGGUCAGCCUGCAGCAAGUCCUGCGGCCUGGGCAGCCAGCACCGACAGGUCCUGUGCCGCCAGGUCUACGCCAACCGCACCACCAUGGUGCACCCGCAGCGGUGCGAGCAGCUGGAGAAGCCCAACGCCACCCAGGAGUGCCGGGUACAGGUCUGCAGCCACUGGGAAAUCCGCACCAACUGGAGUUCGUGUUCAGCAGAGUGUGGGACCGGCACCCAUCGCCGGGAUAUCAUCUGUGUGAGCAAGCUGGGCUCUGACUUCAACGUGACGGACGCCUCCGAGUGCAGCCACCUGGAGAAGCCGCCCUCCCUGCAAUCUUGCAUCGGGACUGCCUGCAAGGCCCGCUGGUUCUCCACGGCCUGGAGCGCGUGCUCCAGGACCUGCGUGGGUGGUGUGCAGGUGCGCGAGGUGCAGUGCCUGACCCAGAACAAGACCCUCAGCAGACUAUGCCCCCCAGAGCUCAAGCCAACCAAGAAACGAUCCUGUAAUAACCAGCCUUGUGUUCCAGACCUCGAUGAGAACUGCAGAGACAAAUAUCACAACUGCCCGGUGAUUGUUCAAGCUCGCCUCUGCGUCUACUCCUACUACAAGGCGGUUUGCUGCGCUUCUUGCACACAUGCCCUGGAAAGGCGCCAUGCUGGACCCAGCCGGUAGCGCCGGGCAACUGUGCAAGCGGGAUCGAGGCCGGCGCCCUUACCGAACGGGGACAAGUUGGACAGAGAGCCCUUAUC